CCGUGCGCACUGGACCAGCCGUGUAAACAGUAGCAAGCAGCUCCAGCCACUAUGAGGGCGAUUCCUGAAGAGAUAACGACGCUUAUAUCAGAUCUUGAAGCUUUCAUAUGUGAUGGGUUAAAAGGAGAGAAUCUGAGCAAAAAGGCCAAAGAAAAAAGGGAAGCGUUCAUAAAGAGGCUAAAGGAUGUAAAAUUGGGGUUUCCAUAUGAUUUCAAGGACAAAAGUGAGGAUGACUAUGAGGAAGAGGAGGAGUUUGACAGCAACAACGACGGUGGAUCCCUGCAGUCGGAGCGCACAGACAAGGAUGAAGAAGCAUGUGAAGGGGCCCAGCAGUCUCCCCCUGUGGCAGCUCAGGACCUCACAUCUGUCUUUAAGGCUGGAUACCUCGAGAAACGUAGAAAGGAUCACAGUUUCUUUGGGACUGAGUGGCAGAAAAGAUGGUGUGCUCUGAGCCAGCACACCUUCUACUAUUAUGGCAGCGAUAAAGAUAAGCAGCAGAAAGGCGAGUUCAGCAUUGACGGCUACUCUGUCAAGAUGAACAACACAUUACGCAAAGACUCCAAGAAAGAUUUUUGUUUUGAAAUUUCGGCACCAGACAAGCGAGUCUAUCAGUUUUGUGCGUCAUCGAUGAAAGAGGCGGAGCAAUGGGUGAAACAGAUAGACUUUGUUUUGAAAGACAUGACUGGGAUCAUACCAGAAGAAGAGGACGAGCAGGAAAUGUAUGAUGACGUUGGACAUGCUAUGGACAAGGACGCUGCAGAGCCAAUUGAUGAUGACAUCUAUGAAGAACUACCAGAAGACGAGGUGCCCAGUCCAGUAAAGCCUCCUCCAAAGAUUGAGCCAGUCAUCAAACCCUCUUCACCUCCUGCUCCUGCCCCUGCUACAGCAGUUAAUAAGAGCACAGACUACAAGAACUUCUACCAAGGCCUAUGGGACUGCAUGGGAGACCACCCAGAUGAGCUGUCCUUUAAACGCGGAGACGCCAUCUACAUUCUCAGCAAGGAAUACAACACUUUUGGUUGGUGGGUUGGAGAGAAGAAUGGAGCCAUUGGUAUUGUCCCCAAAGACUAUCUGAUGGAACUUUAUGCACUAUAAAUAAAUAUGCACCAGUAAAUUAAUGUGGGAAAAAUGAACCACAAUUUAGAUGGUCUGUUUCGUUUCCUUCUAAAAAGUGUUUCAGACAAAUAUUUGUAUAUGUUUAUUCAUUGUGAUUCUACACUGAGAGAACAUUUGUCAUUUUUUUGUAUUAUUUCACUUGUUAAUAUUUUUAUUGGACUCAUUUCAAUUUCCAUUUAUUUAUUAGCUUUACAUGCCACAAGGUGGCAAUAGUGUUACUUCUGUGGUCACAGUUGACAGUUAUUUCAGACAACAACAAUAAUGUCAUUUUUGUUUUAAAAAGUCACGGUUUUGUAAAACACGCCUAAUAAAAAUAAAACGAUGUCUUUAAUG